AAUGGGCUUUGACUUGCAGAUAUAGAUGGUCCUUUAAAUGUUUUUUUAUUUUAUUGUCUUUUCCAUUCAAUAUCUUAUAAUUCUCAUACAAUUACAACUCAUCAGCCCAAACUCACAAAUCUCUUUCAGCUAUAUCCCAUCAAUGGGAGUCUAUGAUGUUCACAAUCUUCAGUUGUCUGUUGUGUUUUCCAUAAAGGGUGUUGUUUGAUGCUUUGGAAUUUCCACUUCCUUGAUCAACACUGAAGUCUGGUACUUGGGUCUCUUUUUAUUUUUAAUUUCCUUUAGUGCAUAGAAAAAUUCUUAUGUUGGAGACCCAAUUCAGUUCAUUUACUGAGUAUCAGUUUCUUGGUCUCCCUAAAUUCCAAUUCUUUGUCAAUUCUUGAUCUUGACCCUUCUGCAGAUGACUGGUUUCUUAUUCCUCAUAGAUUUGGUGAUUGGCUGUUGCUGUGUGAGUGGAAUUCAUUAUUGUCUGAAUACCAUUAUAUACUCUACUCAUUGGAGGGAAGCUUAAGUUGGUGUAUUGUCUAUUGACCUUCUCUAACCCCCUAUUGGGUAAUAUUUUUUAUUACACAAGUUUAAAGGUUCUGGCUUGUAGUUUUUUGUGUUGUUAAAGUGUUAAAUCUUGUUGGCCUUGGUCAAAAUCUAUAUGUUUCUAUUACUCAGUUUUCCUAAAAUCUGAUACCCUUUUUAAUUUUUACAUCAUAGUUGUAAUCCCAUCAUUGAAUUUCAUAUAUAUACACAUCUCCUGCAACUCAAUUCUACUUGAUUUUCAGCACCAUUGUUAAUUCUCUUGUCAUACUUUGAAUCUUAGUUUGAAUUCCCAGUAUACUCAUCUACUAAGUUUAGUGCUGAAUUGAAGUCUCACAAGUUACUUUAAGUCCCAUGUCUGUAGUCCCAAUCGAUUUCUUUCGCCAGCAAGUUGUUUGCCCUAGUUACUUUGCCCUUGGGUUAUGAAACUCAUGCUCUUGAUCUAUCUUAGCCCGCUCAGACUGUAGGCCUCAAUGUCAAUCAUAUGCGGCCUCCCUCUCCUUGAGUGCGUUUACUGUCUGGCAUGUGCCCGCUGGGCUUGGAAACGAUGUCUCCACACUGCAGGACAUGACAGUGAGACUUGGGGCCUUGCCACACCUGAAGAAUUUGAGCCUGUCCCUCGUCUUUGUCGCUAUAUUCUAUCUGUGUACGAAGAUGAUCUGAGGCACCCCCUUUGGGAACCAUCAGGUGGAUAUGGAAUCAGCCCAGAUUUGUUAGUUCUGAAAAAAACUUAUGAAGAUACCAAAGGAAAGGCCCCUCCCUAUAUAUUAUAUCUUGAUCAUGAUCAUGCUGAUAUAGUUCUUGCCAUUAGGGGCUUAAAUUUGGCAAAGGAAAGUGACUACGCACUUCUAUUGGAUAAUAAGUUGGGGGAGAGGAAGUUUGAUGGUGGGUAUGUUCACAAUGGGCUAUUGAAGGCUGCUGUAUGCAUUUUGGAUGCAGAGUGUGAGGUUUUGAAGCAGUUGGUGGAAGAGUAUCCAAAUUAUACUUUAACUUUCACAGGGCAUUCUCUUGGAUCAGGUGUGGCGACACUGUUGACAAUGGUGGUGGUGCAGAAUCAGGAUAAAUUGGGAAACAUUGAAAGGAAGAGGGUCAGGUGCUAUGCUAUGGCACCUGCCAGGUGUAUUUCACUAAAUUUGGCAGUUAGAUAUGCAGAUGUCAUCAAUUCUGUUGUGUUACAGGAUGACUUCUUACCACGGACAGCCACACCAUUGGAAGACAUUUUCAAGUCACUUUUCUGUUUGCCAUGCCUUUUAUGCUUAAGAUGCAUGAGGGAUACCUGUAUACCUGAGGAAAAAAUGCUCAAAGAUCCAAGGAGGCUGUAUGCACCUGGUCGCCUCUACCACAUUGUUGAGAGAAAGCCUUGCAGGAUGGGAAGAUAUCCCCCAGUUGUGAGGACAGCAGUACCAGUAGAUGGGAGGUUUGAGCACAUAGUUCUUUCUUGUAAUGCCACUUCUGACCAUGCCAUCAUUUGGAUAGAGAGAGAAGCUCAAAGGGCACUGGAUUUAAUGCUAGAGAAAUAUCAGACCAUGGAAAUUCCAGCAAAGCAAAGAAUGGAGCGGCAGGAGACCUUAGCUAGAGAACACUCUGAAGAGUACAAGGCUGCACUACAAAGGGCUGUAACACUGUCCGUGCCACACGCUUAUAAUCCUUCACAGUAUGGAACUUUUGAUGCGCUGGAGGAAGGGGAGCAUUCAGACAGAUCAGUUGGUGAAUCUUCUACAGGGUCAUCCCAGAAAACGAAGAAGAUAGAAAGCUGGGAUGAAAUCAUUGAGCAUCUCUUUGACAAGGGCGAGUCAGGUCACAUUGUGCACAAGAAAUCACAUAGGGAAGAUUGAAUUUAAGUAAAAUAUGAGACAAUCACAAGUUUGCAGUAAACCUCGUUCAUUAAUUCAUUGUAAUACCACCCAUUGUGCUAAAGUUUUGCUUUGCAUUGUGCAUUUGUAUUGAAAUUAGUUAAAAAUUGAGACCGAGAGAUGUAUAGAGGAAAAGGAAUACGGAUGAAUUUAUUUAGAAUGAUUGGAUAGACAUGGUGCUAGCCUUUCACUCUUUGGAUAUGUACUUACUUUCAUGUAGCUUUUGGAAACUAUCAAGGUUGAAAGGAUUUUUUUUUUGAA